UCGCAUCCUGCGGUGGCACCGAGCCCCCUGCCCCGCUCCGCAGGGCAGCUCCGGGGUGUGUGACAAUGGAAGAAGAGGUGCAGCAUCAAGAAGCCUGAACAGUGGCACUGGGACAGCUCUUGAGACACUGGCAGAAGGAGCCUGAGAUCCAGGAGACAGGAACCAUGCUGAAACCAAGUGGACUUAAAAUCCCAGGCAGGGCUGGGAAGCACUCCAGCCCCGUGGGACGAGCAUCAGGGACCACUGCAGCUGCUGUCACCACUGGCUCCAAGGAAGGCUCACCUUUACACAAGCAGGGUACCACAUCCACCACCAGCGCCGAGAAGUCGGGUUCAAAGGUUGCCGAGGUGGGCGAUGAUUUCCUGGGAGACUUUGUGGUGGGCGAACGUGUCUGGGUGAAUGGAGUGAAGCCAGGUGUGAUCCAGUACCUUGGGGAAACACAAUUUGCUCCAGGCCAGUGGGCAGGGGUCGUUCUGGAUGACCCUGUGGGUAAGAAUGACGGCUCUGUCGGAGGAGUGCGGUAUUUCGAGUGCCAGCCGCUGCAGGGCAUUUUUACGCGGCCGUCCAAGCUGACACGGCAGCCCGUGGCCGAGGGCUCGGGCAGCGACGCCCCCUCCGUGGACUCCCUGACAGCUCAGAACUUGUCACUGCACUCUGGAACAGCCACCCCACCCCUGUCCACCCGUGUGAUCCCGCUGAGGGAGAGCGUCCUGAACAGCGCCAUGAAGACGGGCAACGAGUCCGGGUCAAACCUCUCGGACAGCGGCUCUGUGAAAAAAGGGGACAAGGACCUACGGCUUGGGGAUCGUGUGCUGGUCGGUGGGACAAAGACAGGAGUCGUGCGCUACGUGGGAGAGACGGACUUUGCCAAAGGAGAGUGGUGUGGAGUGGAGCUGGAUGAGCCCCUGGGCAAGAAUGAUGGGGCAGUGGCUGGUACCAGGUAUUUUCAAUGCCCACCCAAGUUCGGGCUCUUUGCUCCCAUCCACAAGGUGAUCCGGAUCGGGUUCCCAUCAACCAGCCCUGCCAAGGCCAAGAAGAGCAAGAGGAUGGCCAUGGGAGUGUCAGCGCUGACCCACAGCCCCAGCAGCUCCUCCAUCAGCUCCGUCAGCUCCGUGGCCUCCUCGGUGGGGGGCAGGCCCAGCCGCAGUGGGCUGCUGACAGAGACCUCUUCUCGAUAUGCCAGGAAGAUCUCUGGCACCACAGCUCUGCAGGAGGCACUGAAGGAGAAGCAGCAGCACAUUGAACAGCUGCUGGCAGAGCGUGACCUGGAGAGGGCAGAGGUUGCCAAAGCCACCAGCCACAUCUGUGAGGUGGAGAAGGAGAUUGCUAUCAUGAAGGCCCAGCACGAGCAGUAUGUCACAGAGGCAGAAGGAAACCUCCAGCGAGCACGAGCCUUGGUGGAUGGGAUGCAGAAGGAGAAAAUUGAGCUGUUGAACCAGCUAGAAGAGGAGAAGAGGAAAGUGGAGGACUUGCAGUUCCGUGUGGAGGAAGAAUCCAUUACCAAAGGGGAUCUGGAGUUGACCACGGUGGCAGAGCAGUCCCGGAUCCUGCAGCUGGAGGAGGAGCUGAGCCUCAGGCGCAGCGAGGUGGACGAGCUGAGGCAGUGCCUGCAGAGCUGCCAGCAGCCCGACAGCCCCCAGCACAGCCUGGGCUUGCAGGCAGAGGCUCUUCGGCUCAGGGAUCAGCUGCUGGCUGCCAACAAGGAGCAUCAGAAGGAGAGCAGCCAGCUGAAGGAGAAGUAUGAGAAGACACUAAAGAAGUACCAGCAGGAGAUGGAGAAGCUGAAGUCUGUCAAUGAGAAGUACUCGCAGGAGAUUGUGGACCUAAAGCAUAAAGUUCAGCAAGCCACUAACGAGAACAUGGGGCUGAUGGACAACUGGAAGUCCAAGUUGGACACUUUAGCUUCUGACCACCAGAAGUCUCUGGAGGACCUGAAAGCCACACUCAACUCAGGCCCUGACACCCAGCAGAAGGAGAUUGUGGAGCUGAAGGCAGUGGUGGAGAGUAUAAAGUUGGAGCACCAGCUUGAGUUGGAGAACCUGAAAGCAAAGCACGACAUUGAGACAGCUGUCCAUAUAAAGGAGAAAGAGAGUCUCAAACUGAAGCUGGAGGAGGCUUUGGAUGAAGUGGAAAAAAGCAACAGCAACUGGAAAAUGCAACUGGAAACCAAAAGCAGUCAGCACCUUCUUGAGCUCCAAGAUGUGAAGGACAAGUGUCGAGAUGCUGAGCUGAGGGUGCAUGAACUGGAGAAACUUCAUGGUGAAUAUACAGAUCAGACAGAAGCAAUAGCUUUCUUGAAAGAGCAGAUAUCUUUGGCUGAGAAGAAGAUGUUGGACUAUGAAACAUUACAGAAGGCAGAAGCCCACAGCAAACAGGAAAUCCAAAGAUUGCAGGAAAAAGUGCUUGUCUUAGAGAACAAGCUGCAGUCCAUGGAGGCCCUGCAUCCUUCUCAGCAUGCAAAUAUGAUUGAGACUAAUGAUAUUUCAGAAGAAAAGAUAAAGAUGAAGCAGACUAUGGAAGACCUCCAAGACAAGCUGAGUAAAGAGGUGUCAUCCCUGGUGACCCAGACUGAAACUCUAAGGGCCCAAGUAAGUGCUCUGGAAAAUAAAUGCAAAACAGCAGAAAAGAAGGCUGAUACGGUGUUCAAAGAAAAGAAAAGGUUGGAAGGAGAACUGGAAGCCUUGACUAAGAAAACACAUGAUGCCUCAGGGCAACUGGUCCUGAUCAGCCAGGAGCUGCUCAAGAAAGAAAGGAGCCUGAACGAGCUGCGGGCUCUGUUACUGGAGGCGAACCGGCACUCGCCGGGGCCGGAGCGGGACCUCAGCCGGGAAGUGCACAAAGCUGAGUGGCGCCUCAAGGAGCAGAAGCUCAAAGACGACAUCAAGGGGCUCCGAGAGAAGCUGGUUGUGCUGGACAAGGAGAAGUCAGUGACGGAGCAGCGGCGGUUCUCCCUCAUCGACCCCUCCUCCGAGUCGGAGGUGAUCCGGCUGCAGCACCGGCUCGUCAGCACCGAGGACGUGCUGCGAAACGCCCUGGAGCAGGGACACCAGAUGGAGAAACUCAUGGAAGCGAUGAGACUCUCCUCUGAGAAAACACAGACUGUUGGAAAUUCUGGCUCUGCUAACGGGAUUCACCAACAGGAUAAAUCCCACAAGCAAGAGGAGAAGCUCUGAUAGAGAAGAGGUGGAAAGGAUCAUUUCACGCCAGUAUCAGCUCCUCUGCACAGUCAGGAAAAACAACACCACAUCUGGCUUUAGCACCUCCAAAAGACCACACACAGUAUUUUCACUUUUAAGCAGGACAAUGUUUAUAAUGUACUAAUUGAUGUAAUGAGGACAAUCCCAGAGUCCAGUUUUCCAAGACAGCCAUUGUUCCAGGAGGGAGCAGAAAGACCUCUCUGGGUUUGGUUUCUUACUUUGUAUUGGUUUUGACUGUGGAAUUUGUAUUGUUUGAGCUGCCCUUGUCCCACCAGCUGACAUGGUUUGGAUGACAGCUGCCUUGACCUGUGGCUGAAGUGUCAGCAGGUCCCAGUGACCCCACAGGAGCUGCAAAGGGAUUUGCCUCUGGUGUUCAAAGCACCAUAGGCUGCACCCUUCCCAUGGGGUCUGUCCCUUCCCUCCCACACACCCUGGUGUCCUGAGGACCUGCACAAGUGAGUGAAACCUGCUGGGCUGAUGAUGUGAGGUCUGGGGACAUGUUCUCCUUGUCCCUUUGUGGAAGACAUCACUGUUUCAGAGGAGAGGCUGCACUUAGUUCUUGUAUUACAGCAUGUUGUGGGAAAUAAUCCAGUUUCAGAGGGAUAUUUAUUUUGUUUCUUCUUCCCUGCCAUUUGGGGAAGAAGCUGUGGUGACUCUGAGUUUGGGGUCAGGCACACCUUGCCUGGUGGGUGUAGUUGGCCUUUCUUCCUGCAGUGAGAUGUCUGAGCAGGCCUGCUGGAGUCCUGUGCCAUAGCCAGCUCUCCAGCUCGGUGCCCCUCACUCCUGAGGGCUUCACUGGGUCUGUUUUGAGCUCAGAACUCCACAGAUGCUGGAUCUCAGCAUCACUGGCCUUGGAGCUCCAUGCUGGGGGCACUCAGUGCAGGAGAUGCAUUGAGCACACGGUUCCCUCCUUGCCUGUUUAAUUUAAAAGCUGACUGCAGAUUGCCUGGUGCUUCCCAGAGCUGUCCUGGGCUCUUCAGUGUGAUGCCCAUCCCUGCUAACCAGGAUGGAUGAGGUGAAGGUGCUGCUGUGAGCCUGACUUUGAUGGCUUCAGCAAUCCCCUGUGCAUGGCCUGAGUGUAUUUGGAGCAGAGGCAAUCCAGACCAGAGCCCACAGCUCUUGUGUCUGUACCAGCAGAGGAUCUUGUUCUUUCUUCCCAAGACUUUACACCACAGCUCCCAAGCAAUAUUAGGGCAGAGGAAGGUGACAACAUGCUGGUAAAGGUGUGAAAGAGCCCAGCUCAGGUUCACUGGUGAAUAGCACUCACAGUCACAGCAAUAUUUUUCCAGGCUUUUCCCAUUAGUGCCCAACUCCUCCAGUCUUCAUGAACUCCUGUGCUAUGAUGGGGCAUCUGUGAAAGGACAAGGUGGGAGAGGAGAUGUGAGCCAGACCCCCAGCAGGUGAACAUGAUGGCACAUCAGCUCCAUUGCUUUUUGCCCUGAUUUCCCACAAAGUUGUGUCACUUUUUCUUAGUGGGCUGCCAGACUUCUGCUUCUUUGAAGGAUGGGCAGCCAGGAGCAACCUGGGAAAGAUUUGAGCUUCAUGGCUGCAAUUUUACCAUGAGGAGAAUGACAUUGAACACUUGACCCUUCUCACCUGAUGCAGGUUUGGUGAUCUCCUGUCCUUCAGAGGAUGAUGGGAGAGGAAGGGGAUUUCAGGGAAGUAAAGCAGGUCAGAAAUCACAGCAAAAAUCUGCAUGUGGUAGCAGGAGGCAGAGUGUGGGAUCAAACUGCUGGAAAUAAUUGACAUAGGAUUCCAUCCUGCCUUGUAGAAGUGUUUCUUCAGCUCUUACUUAUCAUCAGGAAGAUUGCCACAUCUCUGCCUAGCUCUGGGAGUUUCCCAGGGGAUUGUAGGAGUGGUAUCCAAAACCCUCCUGGUUGAGUAUUCAUCUUCUGAGUGGUUUUGGAAAGUCCCAGAGGGAGUUUUUGUUUGUUACAACCCUCAGUAGUGAAUACCUCACUGCUGUUUUUAAGAAUUUAGAGCUGAUGUUUCCCAAAAUGCUCCUGUUGGCUGGAUGGUCUCUGAAGUCAUGUCUGCAGAACCCGUGGCCUUCCCUGGGCACCUGCAAGAGGGAGGCCCCAUUCUGGUUUGUAACUUAUUUUCCCUUAUGGGUCUUCUAGUGACUUCACUAC